CUCAACAUGAAGGUCUCUGCAGCACUUCUGUGUCUGCUGCUCACAGCAGCCGUAUUCAGCACCCAGGUGCUGGCUCAGCCAGAUUCAGCUUCUAUCCCAACUGUCUGCUGCUUUAAUGUGGCCAGAAGGAAGAUCUCCAUUCAGCGACUGCAGUGCUACAGAAGAAUCACCAACAGCAAAUGUCCCCAGAAAGCUGUGAUCUUCAGCACCAAGCAGGACAAGAAGAUCUGUGUUGAUCCCCAGGAGAAAUGGGUCCAGGAUGCCAUGAAGUACCUGGACCAAAAAUUCCAAACUUUAAAGCCAUAA